GGCACCGGAGGUGGGGGUGGGAUGGAGGAGGGGCUUUAAACUGGGCUCCCCGUGAACGUUUGGAGGGGUGGGUUGACGGACAGUGACGUGUGAGCAAGCGGGAACGGGUGACUCGGCUCGUGAUUUCUACUUUUGCAGAUGGAGCUUCACGAUUCCUCAGCUCUCUUCGCUUCUCUGCGCUGCGCUGGGAGAGGGGGGGUUUCUUUCUCAUUCUUAAUUUUUUGAACCUCCCCAGCUAGGGGGUGCUUGCCCUGCACAUCUGACUUCUGACCGUGAUCAUUGCAGAGCUCCUUUCGGACCACCUCUGUGAGUGGCCAACCCAGCGGGGCCCCUUCAAAGAUGUUCCUUCUGACCGGAACCAAAGGGGCACCGGGGACCACAAACGAGAGAAGGACGAUCUACCAGAAGAUCCGCGAGUAUGACCUCUUGGACAAGAAGAAGACGGUGACGGCGCUCAAGGCCGGAGAGGACAGGGCCAUCCUCCUGGGCCUCACCAUGAUCCUCUUCUCAGCCAUGAUGUACUUCGUCCUGGGGGUCACUGUGAUGCGUUCCUAUUCAGACAGUGUGUGGACCGAGGAGACUACCUGCACCGUGUUGAACUCUACCGUGGUGGCUGAGGUCAAUUGCACCUACAGCUGCGGCUCCGACUGCAGGAGAGCCUCACGAUACCCGUGCCUGCAGGUGUUUGUCAGCAUCAACGCUUCGGGGAGGGUGGCCCGGCUGUCCCACAACGAGGAGACGCAGGAGACCAGCUCGGAGUGCUUCUACGUACCCGAGUGCAGACGGGACCAGGCGGCUGUGCAGGCGAUCGUCGCCAACGUCUCGGAGCGCCUGACAAUGCGCCGGCAGGUCCCCUGCCACCACGACCCCGGUGGGGGCCAGGAAGUCGUGCUCCUCACACGGCUCUACGGGCGAGGGAACGUCAUGCGCUCCUUGCUGUGGCCCUCCUGCACGCUGUUGGGCGGUGCCCUCAUCAUCCUUCUGGUCAAGCUCACACAGUACCUGUCCGCUCUCUGCGAGCAGAUCAGCAAGGUCAAGAGAUGAGGCAGCAGAACCUAUGACCCCUCCCCCCCCACCCCCCGCGAUCAUACCCCUCCCCAGACCGCACCUGCUAACUGCACCCAUGUGGAUCCUGAUUGGUUAGAGAAGGUCUAGAAGGGCUAAAUACCAACCCAGUGAGUGGUCAGCCAUGGAAAAACAUGGUCAUGAAAUCUGGAACACCAGGUUUUCCUUGAGGAAGCUUGGUUCUAACCUUGAGAUUCAAUCUGAAGUCUCAGAAUACAAGUCACAUGGCUGGAGGAGUGUGGACCACCCAUCUGGCUACUGAACAGAGGUGCCAAAGGAGCUUUUGCUCUGCACUGCUGGCCACUCCUGGUUCCAUAAAGGAUCACAGUUCAACAAAUAUGAAACAGAAAUAUGAAGAAAUAUUGCGAAUGGGAGUCAUGGCGGUUGCUAAUGUUAAAACAGUGAGGGUGGAAAACAUUAUUCUCUGCCACGUUAUGGCUCUGAAGACGCCUGAAAAGACAACCUUCUAAGACCUGCUGUGCUACUGAUGACCUGCCGAUGUUUACUGGAAUGGCGUCAUAAUCGUGAUUUGUAAUGAAAAAGAAGGAACGCGUCCCUCCAGCACCAUGACUCGGAAUGUACCAUUAAUCAUGAGCCAUAACUGAAAUAUUUCUGAAUAGGGGGGGGAGGGAACUUAAAUUGUAAACUUCCAAUGAACAGUGAAUACAUACAAGUAGCAAUAGAAUA